AUGGAGAAAAAGACAAAAGAAAGGGGCAUAUAUGGAAAAACUAAUUUAGUGAUUGAAAAUCAAAUUAAUAAUGCAAAUAAUUUAAAGUAUGACGACGAUAGUAAAAAUAGUGUAGCAUAUUCCGAUGAAUGUAAUACACCAUGUUUUAUAAAUAGUAGUAUGAAAGACAAUAAUAAAAAAAGAAUAAAAAUAAAAAUAGGAAGUAAUAGUUCAGAUAAUAAAAUAUAUACAGAAAAAAAAGAUAAAAGUUUUAUUAAAAAUAUUGUUCAGAAAAUAGAAGAAGCAUAUAAAAAUCGAGGAAAAAAUAAUACAAAAUGUAUGAUUCCGUCUAAAUAUAAUUCUACAUUUUAUUUAAAUGAAUAUUUAAAUGUUGAGCCUACUAAUAAUGUAUUAUAUAGACGUAGAAUUCCAAAUGAAACAUUAUAUAAAAGUGAUUUUAAUAAAAUUAAUUUAAAGCCAUUUAUUCGAUGUAAUAGUUUACGAAAUUUAAAUAGUAAUAAUAAUGAAGGGCCUUAUAAAAAUAAUAAAGCUAUUAUAAAAAUAUCUAAUGUUAGUCCAUUUGAAGUUCUUGCAAGGAGUAACGCAAAUAAUUCAUCUAAAUAUUUUCAACCUUGUAAUUUUUACUGUUUAAAUAAGCCAGAUCAUAAUUUUAAUGUCCCCAAAAUUCCUCGAACACAUUCUUUGCAUAAUACAAAAAUAACUCAACGAAAAAAUGCACAGAAUGAGCAUAAUGAAAAUAAAAUCGGUUUGUGUUCUUUAAACAGACGUAAUACAUAUAAUUCAUUUGGUAAUCCAACAAAUUAUAAUAACAGCAAUAAGGAAACAAACAAAAUAAGGCUACAUAUAUCCAAUGAUAAUAAAGAAAAUAAUCGAAGUUUAGUUUCAAAAAGGGAUUCGAAACAAAAAUAUUAUGAUCAUGAUAGUUGUUUAUCUAGCAAUAAUAGUAAUGAAUCAAAAUAUCAUAAAAAAAAUAAAAACAGAAAUGAAAAAAUCAAAACACAUAUAUUCAUCCCAUCCAACACUUCAAAAAAUGACAAUAUAAAGAAUGAAAAUAAGGAUGAACAUAAUAUGGUUAGUGUAAAUACAAAUAGACAUAGCGAUGCAACGAAGGAAGGAGAAGAACUUUGUUCUGAUUAUGGAAGUAGUGAUAUUUCUUUUAGGGAACCUUCGAAAAAUACUUCUAUAAAGCGUAAAAAUAUUAUCAAUGGGAUAAUAAAAUGUGCCGAUGUUGAUACAAAAAUAGAUAGAAACAAAAAAUCCGAAUGUGCAGAAAAUGAUACAAUGGUGAGCAGUCAGUAUGAAAACGAGCAUUUUGAUACAGAUAAUAAAUCAGAAGGUGAGAAUCGCGCCUUAUUUUAUAAUAAAAGGAAAGAAAUGGAUGACAAUAACAAAUUAUGUUUAUACAAACAGAAAGAUGACUCAUCAUUAUACAAUAGAUUUGACAAUGAUAAGAAUACAAGUCGAAGUUAUGAAGAUAAUUCAUUUAAUAGUGAAGAUGAUAUUUAUAAUCAUAUGUCUAAUACAACAGGAUCUAGUAGAACCAUAGACAAUGGAUCUAAUCGAGAAAAUAGCAAAUUAUCCUUAAAAAUGGAUGGAAAAAAAGAAAAAAGAAAAUUAAAUAAUAUUGAAAAUUGUAAUAAUUUCUAUAUAUUUAAAGGAGAAAUGUUGAACAUUUUGGAUUAUAAAGAAAUAAAAGAAAAAAAUUCAAAAAGCAAUCAUAGUAGUUUGACAAAUAGUAAGAUAUAUACAAGGGAUGGAUCAGAUGAAAGUGAUAUAUAUUAUAGCGAUGAUGACAGUGAAAUGAAUGAACGGUUUAAAAAUUUAAAAACAAAUACUAUAUCGGAUAAUAUCAAUAGGGGUAAUAGCAAAAAAUGUACAAACCAUAGCCAAAGAAAAUUAAAAACAAAUUCACAAAAUAAACUAAAUACAAAUAGAUGGAAUGAUAGAAAUAGUCAGAAAAUUAUGAUAUGUGAUCGUAGUGUCAAAAAUGGGAAAUCUCUAAGUCCAAGCACAAAAAGUUAUAGAAAUAUGUGUAGUGAUAUGAGAUGCAAGAAAUAUAGCCAAACUUUAGGAAAUGAUGAAAUAAAAUCACAAAAAUCAAAAAGGUCUAUUUUAAAUGAAUUAUUACCAAUAGAAAAUGAUGAUUAUCAAAGUAGUGACAAAUCAGAAAACCAAAAACAAUCUCAUACGUCUAAACAAAGCAGAUCUAGUAAAUAUCAAAGUAAAGGACACAGUAAAAGUAUCUAUAGUGAUAAAGACAAUCAUUUUUUGAAUAAUGAAAAAAGUAAUAAACAUGAAUAUAGACAAACACGAUCAAAAAAUAUAGAUAAUAGUAUAUAUCACACAAACACAAAAUGUAGUAAUAAGAGUAAGAAGGGGAAUUAUGAUCGUUGUAAAAGCAAUGAUAAUAGUAUAUUAAAAACAAGUAGAAAUAAUACUACUCAUAAAUCAAGUAAUACACAUUUAACUUGUUUUGAUGAGGUAGAAAAAGAUGACGAUCGAAAUUAUGAAAUAUGUGAAUAUAAUAAAGAAUCAACAAACAAUUUACUCCCAAAUGAAAAAAAGAAAGUAUAUAAAACUAGUAAGGUUGUAGAAGGUUAUAGGGAAGGGAGAUUUCCAUCAAACUAUAAUUUGUAUAAAAAGAAUGAGCAUAUUCAAAAUAAAUCAAUGAAUAGUGAAAAUUAUAAGGAUUAUGACAAUGUGCCUAAGUAUAAAGAAAAAAAGGAAAUCAGAUAUUCUUCACAUUAUAGUGGUGAUUCUAAACGGAAUAAAAAAAAGCAAAGCAAACUACAUAGUAAUAAUACUUAUUAUAAAAAUUGUUGUAAACGAAGUGGUACAGCUUGUAGGGCAAUUAAAUCAGUAGACGAAAUAUAUAAAAGAAAUAUAUCAAAUAGUUCUGAAAAUAGUGAAUAUGAAUAUAAAAAGCCAGGAAAAAAUGAAAACAGUUUUAAGAGUAAAAAUAGUUUGAAAAAAUCCAAAAUAGGGAUGAAAGGGAUUAGUUCAAAUUAUAUUAAUGAAAAAAGGAAUAUAUAUGUAUCAAAUAUUUUGGACGACGACCAUGAAGAAAAUAAACAAAAUAAAACUAGUAGCAAAGAAUUUCAGUCAUCUAGAAGAGAGUAUAAAAAUACAAAUAAAAAAAUGAGCCAUUUGAAUAGACAAGAUAGUAUGAACUUUAAUCCAGUAACUACAAGUAAUAAGCAUAGUACCAUUGAUAAUAUUCAAAAAGAUAGAUCUAAGAUGUGUUCAAAUUUAAAUAUAAAUUAUAUGAGUAAGGAAAAGAAUAUCAAAUCAGUUUGUGAAUCAUCCCAUAAUAGUCCCAAUGAUAGUAUCUACUACGAUUAUAAAAAUAAGCCAAGAAGAAAUUUAAAAAGUAUGUAUGAUGUAAAAAAUGAAGCAGUAAAAUCAAGACAUGAAAAUUUUUAUGAAUAUAAUGGCAAAAAAAACAUAUCUAAUGCUAAUUAUAAGUCAGUAGAAAAUUCAAAUAAAGUAGAGAAUAAAAGUAUGCAUGAAAAUAGUAUUUAUGAUAGAGGAAUAUCCAAAAAAAGUUCAAGAAAUCGAAGUAAAAAUUAUGUAAGCUCUAACCAUAUAAAUAGCAAUAAUAGCAAUAGUUGUAAUAUAAUGUGUUUGGAAGAUAAACAAAUAACAAAUGAUAUAGAUAUAAAUAUAAAAUACAAAAAAGAUAAAACAUUUGAUUCUGAUUCUAAUAAGAAGAAUAAAAAAAAGCAAAGAAGAAGGGAUCUUAGUCGAUUCGUAGAAAAUAGUCACUACUUAGAUAGCAAUAAUCAAGAUUGUAAAAGUUAUAAAAAUAAAUAUGAUAAAAUCAGUUCUUCAAAAAUGGGGAGUAUGACGUGUGCAGAAAAUGAAAAUUCAUUUCAAAAAAAUAAUGAAUAUAUAGAUUUAUAUAGUAAAAAAAAUCGAUCAAGCAAAAAUUACACUACUAUUUCAUAUAAAGAUGAUAAUAGUAAAAAUGGUGGGGAAAAAAUAUCAAGUAAAAUAAAUGAAGAGAAAAUAAUAUAUUAUACUGAUAUAUCAGAUUCAGAAAAAUCAAAAAGACGACAUUCAAAAAGGGAUGAAAACUUUUCUAAGAUUAGAUUAUCCAAUUAUUCCGACAAAAAUAGUAAAAGCAAUAGAUCUAUAAAAAGGACAAAAUCAAUGAAUGAAAAAAUAAAUAAAACAGACUUAAAUUCAAAUGAUGUUCAUAAAGAAUCAGUUAUAUCAAAUCGAAAUAAAACAAACGAAUUUGAAAAGGAACAAUUAUAUAAUUCAAAUAAAAAAAAUAGAGAAACAAAUAUGACAUACUAUUCUAAUAGUGAAAAUGAGGGUAACAUAUGCACUGAUUUAAAUGUUCAAAAACAAAAAUCAAGAUCCUCACAAAUUUCGAACAGUUUUAAUAGGAUAAGAAGUAAAAGCAAAGAGAAAACCGUAAGUAAAGAAAUAAAUAUCAAUGGGAGUUAUAUUAUAGAUAAAAAUUGUAGACAAAAUGAAAAUAAUAAUGAAAAGGAUUUAGAAAAAUGCCAAGAUAAUAAUUCUUUACGAAAUAUGGAUAAUCAAGUAGUACCUAAUAAACCGUCUAUAAAACUGGAAUCAAAAUGUUCAGAAAAUGAAGUUUUACCAAUAACUUUUGAAGGUGGUGAGCAUAAAAAUGGUGGAUAUAAUAAUUGCCUUACUUCCGAUGAUAUAAAAGACAAAUGCUUGUAUAAUAAUAAGUAUAAAGAAAAUUUGUCAGAAACAAAUAAUAGUGGUAAUACCCCAACUGAUCAUGCAGUUUUAAAAAAUAUGUCUAUGCCAUGUGAAAAUAAUAAUGUAGAACGCGGAAUAAGCAAUUUUCAGAUGGGGCCUAUAAAUGGUGUUAUAGGUUUGAAUAAAGCCAAUGAAUAUAUGAGGGAAGAAUUAAAUUACUAUUUAUCAAAUAAUAAUAAUGAUAAUAAUUUGAGAAAGUUACCAAGCAUUCAAGUAAGUUCCAAAAAGGUUAUUACUGAAGUUAUUACAAAGCAUGAUACAUAUGAAAAGGAUAAAGAAGAUACAUUUAAAAAACCUUCUCCUAAUUUAAACAAUGAUAAAAGUUUUACAAAUGCUAUAAAUCAUCAAAGCAAUAUGUGCAUAAGUAAUAAUGGUACUAGUACUGAAAAUUUACAAAAUAAAAAUAGUCCUUUAAAUAAUAUACCAAUUAUAAAUAAUAAUUCAAUAAAUAGAAAGUUUAUACCAAUGAAUAAUAAAAUUGAUGCUCCUAAAAGUUGUGUCUUACCUUUUGAACAAAAUAAUUCGUUUCAAGAAAAUGGCACAAAGGAUAUAAUAAAACAUACUUAUUCAAAUCCAGAAAUUGAAGAAAAAAAAAAUGAAAUUUUAUAUAAUCAUGGUAAUAAUAUAAUAUAUGAACAAAAUAUGGGAAACAAUGGUAUGGCUAGUUACGAUAAUUUGAAUACUAACAAAAAUACAAACUAUUUUGGACAGGGAAAAAUUGUAAAUACAAAUGAAGUUAGUAACAUUCACAAUAACAAGAAUAACAUAAUUUAUGAUAAUAUAAAUAAUUGUUACAUGAUGAAUAGAAAUGUAAUAAAGAAUCCAAUGAUAAAUCAAACACAAGCAAUAUCUGAGCCAAUAAAUCCUAACUAUGGUCGUAAUUUUUAUUCUGCAUAUUAUAAUAAUAAAGCAUUUAGUGUUCCCAAUAUAGGAACUCAAAAUAUGAAUAUUCCUAUAUAUAAUAAUCAAGUACCAAAUAUAAUUGAUAACAAUAAAAUGGGAAUUAUUGCAGGCACUAACCAACCAAUUCAACAAACACAUCCUCAAGAUUUUAGAAAGUUUGGCACAUAUCCCGUAAUAAUAACUCAGAAUCCGAAUAGCAGCGCAAAUAAUAACAUAAAGAAUAAUAAUCCUAUUAGUAAUGACUUGGAAAAAUUAAAUACUGACAAAUUUUCGAAUAAUAAAUAUUUUUUUUAUGAAAAUGGUCAAGCAUAUAUAAUUGGAGAUAAUAAAGUGAAUAACCCAAGUUUAGUAAAAAGUAUGAGUAGCUAUGCAGUACCAAAUUCAUGCCCUUCAUAUAAAAAUAUAUAA